AUGGAUGAGCCGUAUCAAAUGAAAUCGGGGCCCCAAUGCAAUCUCUACAACUAUCGGAAAAAUUACUUCUUCAUGUUGAUUCUCGUUCUAGGUCUUGCACUUAUCACCCGACCUCUUGCCAUCAUUGGCGCUGCUCUCACAGCCUUAAGCUUAGCUUUCCUUAACGACAGCUUUGCAGCUACUUUCAAUGAAAAGGCUAUCCGGAUCAUAAGGCAAUUCUCACCACAUUUAUCUGCAAAGAUGAGGUCUCCUCACAUGAAGACGGUCUACGUUUGUGGCCAACCACGUUUGGUGUUUGUGUUGCUUGGAUUAACCGCCAGCUUUGUCUUGUGGUUUACUUCCUGCGAUUUGUUAUGGAUUCUCUACGCAUUUACCACUGCACUUCUCAUUAUCAUGCUUCAUGCAAGCAUGCGAACUCCGAACCUCAAGGCACGCUUGAACACAUUCCGUGGAGAGUUCAGGGCUGUGUGGCGUAACUAUAGUGAACUAUAG